AUGGAAGAGAGUGUAGUAACCUUUGUAUUAGAUCAUUUAGCCCAGCUUGUGGCACGCGAAGCUAACUUGCUGUAUGGCGUGGAAGACAGGGUCCAGUCCCUCCAGAACGAACUUCAAAUGAUCAAAGAGCUCCUCAAUACCACAAAGAGAAAGAAGGGAAUGGAACAUACUGUACUGAACCAAAUCAGAGAUGUGGCCCACUUAGCUGAGGAUGUCAUCGAUACAUUCGUAGCCAAAGUUGCCAUUUACAAGAGAAGAACCAUUCUGGGGAAGAUGCUCCGUGGCUUUGGCCAAUUAAGGUUGCUCCACCACGUAGCCGAUAAAAUAGACACGAUCAAAGCCACUCUCAACGAAAUACGCGACAACAAGGACAAAUAUGACGCUUUCAAAGAAACCAAUAAUCAAUCUGCAGCAGAAGAGGCGGAGGAGGAGAAAAGGGCGCAAUCACUGCACAAGCUAAGAAGAAAUGUGGAGGAAGAAGAUGUAGUUGGCUUUAUCCAUGACUCCAAGGAUGUCAUCAACCUACUCCUGGAAGGAGGUUCAAAUCGUAAAGCUGUCUCUAUCGUUGGCAUGGGGGGAUUGGGAAAGACCACCCUUGCCCGAAAGGUCUAUAAUAGCAGCCAGGUGAUGAACCACUUCGAUUGUCGCGCGUGGGUUUAUGUCUCAAACGAGUGCAGAGUUAAGGAUCUUUUGAUUGGCCUUUUUAAGCAUUUGAUGCCAAAUUUUGAACAGCAACAACGUAGAGGCAACAAAAGAGGUAAGAAAAGCGCAGGAGAAAUUAACGACCUUAGUGAGGAGGAACUGAAGAAAUUGGUGCGAAACUGCUUGGAGUGGAAAAGGUAUCUUGUGGUGGUAGAUGACUUGUGGAAAAAGCAAGAUUGGGACGAGGUGCUAGAUGCUUUUCCAGACAACAACAAAGGCAGCAGAAUAUUGAUCACUAGUCGUUUGAAAGAGGUGGCCUUGCAUGCUGGCCAUGAUGUUCCUCACUAUCUUCAAUUCCUGAAUGAAGAAGAAAGUUGGGAGUUGUUUCGCAGGAAAGUGUUUAGGGGUGAAGACUACCCUUCUGAUUUGGAGCCUUUGGGAAAGCAGAUGGUUCGAAGUUGUCGUGGUUUGCCGCUCUCCAUCAUUGUCUUAGCAGGGCUGCUAGCCAACAAGGAAAAGUCACAUAGAGAAUGGUCUAAAGUGGUGGGUCAUGUUAAUUGGUAUCUCACUCAAGACGAGACCCAAGUGAAGGAUAUAGUUCUGAAACUCAGCUAUGACAAUUUGCCAAAGAGAUUAAAACCGUGUUUUCUCUAUCUUGGGUUAUUUCCAGAAGACUUUGAAAUACCUGUCACACCAUUAUUGCAAAAAUGGGUUGCAGAGGGUUUUAUACAAAAUACAGGAAACAGAGACCCAGACGAUGUUGCGGAAGACUACUUAUAUGAGCUCAUUGAUCGUAGUUUGGUCCAGGUAGUAAGAGUAGAGACUAAUGCAGGUGUGGAGACAUGUCAGAUUCAUGAUCUUCUUCGAGAUCUUUGCAUAUUAGAAAGCAAAGAGGACAAAGUUUUUGAAGUUUUCACAGACCAUAGUAUUCUAAUUUCAGCAAAACCACGCAGGCUUUCAAUUCACGGUAAGAUGGAUCACUACAUUUCUUUAAGCAAUAAUGAUCAUUCAUGUGUUCGUUCCGUGUUCUUCUUUGGCUCACAUUACUAUAUUCGUGGGAGGGACUGGAAAUGGAUUUUUGAAAACUUGAAAUUGGUUCGAGUAUUGGAGUUUGGACUAAACGGCUCUAACAAGAUCCCUUCCAAUUUAGGGAAUUUUAUCCAUUUAAAGUAUCUGAGAAUACACAUAGAGUAUGUUAUGUUUGUUCCAGAUUCAAUUCUUAAGCUUUGGAAUUUACAAACCAUAGACCUAAGUCCUCCGAGGGCUAACGUUCCAAUUUCUUUCCCUGCCCAAAUAUGGAAACUGAGACAUUUAAGGCAUUUAAAUACACCACGACCUAUCAAGCUGCGAGGCAGUUGUUCAGGAUCAUAUGAGAAGAUGUGGAAUGCUCAAACUAUCUCUUCCUUGCUACUCAAUAGCCAAGCAAUGUCUUUGAUAAAAAGAGGAACAUUCCCUAAUGUUAAGAGGUUAGGGUUGAGAGUGACUUCAGAAUGUGAAGCUGAAUUACCCAAAUUGUUGCAGAGCUUACAUCAAUCAAGUUAUUUGAACAAGUUAGUAAUUGUCCUCCGAGAUAGAGAUGAUGAAGGUGUAAAGGACUUGACCGAUGAGAGUGUGAAAAGGAACAAUGGUUUCAAGCCGCAAGAAGUGUUACAGAGCUUAGGACAAUUCAAUUGUCUAACUAUUUUAACCAUUAAGAAUGCUUUCGACCUUUUAACCUGUGAACUCACAUUCCCUCCAACUGUUACAGAAUUAACGUUGUCAGAGAUUGACUGCAUUAGUGAUGAGGGGAUAAAUGGUUUGGGAAAUCACACCAAACUAAAAAAAUUGAGACUUUUGGGAGAUGUAUCCUUGUCGACGGGGGAAUCCUUUGACUUGAAUUGUGUCGGAGGCGGCUUCUCGCAAUUGGAAGUGAUUGAAAUGGAAAAUUUGAACCUUGAAAAGUGGAAACUAGACAAUGGUGCAAUGUCGAGACUUCAGAGUGUGAUGAUUCACAAUUGUGAAAGGUUAGAUGAUCUUCCAAAUGAACUUUGGUCAUUGAGUGGCUUGAGAAAAGUGCAGGUAAUGAAACCUUCAAAAGAAAUGGCUCGCAUGCUAAGGAAUUUGGAAAUAAAGAAUGGGGUUCAACUCGUCACAGAGGAUUAUCAGCCUCGAUUUCAAUGUCGGUUGAAUAGUAUUGAUUCGAUGGAUUUCAAUACUUUUGAAUAUAUUAGUGACAUCUAAGAGAUUUAUUCCAGAAAAUAGUUUUAAUUUAUUUUGUGGAUGUAUUUUAUUUGUUGAAAUAAAAGACAAAAUUUUGAA